GCAAAUGCUGCAUCUCAGAAUGCAUAUAAAAUCAACGUAUCCACAAUAGUUACUCAUUCGUUAGUUUGUGCUCACGAGGAAUACUGAACACCAUGCUCAAAUACGUGACCGUUGUGUGCGUGCUUGCCGCGCUGUGCGCUGGAGCUCCGCAGAACCCCCAGGAUGUACAAAUCCUGCGUUUUGACAGCGACGUGCAACCUGAUGGAUACAGCUUUGCGUAUGAAACCAGUGACGGCACCUCAAGACAAGAACAGGGAAAGAUUGACAAUCCCCAAUCUGAAGACGCUGCCUUAUCUGUAACCGGGGAGUACGCGUACAUUGCUCCAGAUGGAAAGCAAUACAAAGUAGUAUUCACCGCAGAUACCAACGGCUACCGACCCAAGACAACCCUCGGACAAAAGUAGUUUAAUAAAAGAAAAUAAUUAAUUACUGGUGUUAGACAGCGCGGCACGUAAAAAGAGCUCUGGCGCGCUUUACUGCACACAGUGCGAUUUAUACAUAACAAUAACAGCUUAUUGUUUUAUCAUAAUACGUAAGUGUAAUGAUGAUUAUACUAUACAAAUAUUAGCUAUAUAAAUGUUGACAUUCAAUCUCAUAAAAAUCAUCUACAGCGCAGGUUGAUCAUCGGAGAUCUUUUUACGUGAUGCGACCUUUACCUUUGACCGUGUAAAUAACUAAAAUCUUGGUCGAUACCAGUAUUCCCUUUCAACUAACAGAAUUCAAUACUCGAUCUCAGUUAUUACUGCGUAUGUGCAUCUGAUGAGAAACUGUAUCUAACUUGUGCCAUAGGAUACUUUUGUUUUUAAUUUUUACACUUUUGUAUCGAAGC